AUGGCGUAUGAUGCAGCGGCCAUAGAGUUUCGAGGUGUUAAGGCAAAGACAAACUUCCCAAUUCCAGUUGAUGUGACUAGAAGUCCCAGUGAGGUGAGUACUGUUGAAUCAUCCACUGCGAUGACCAAGGUGAAGAAGGUGGAGGUUCCUGAGCAACUGGUGAUUGUUGAAUCAUCAUAUCCCCCAUUGGAUCUAACCCUUGGCAGGUCCUCGUACUAUUUAGGAAGUAAGUUCUUUUCCUCUCAGACUCAGAAUCAUUUGGAUGCUCGUGGUAAUGGAGGUGGUCUUGAUCGUGGUGAAAUAUUUCAUACUAACGGAUUUCGAUCUAUAAUCAUGGGUUCUGAUGAAGGAGAUCUCAGCGAGUCAGAUUCAUCAUCAGUGGUCGAUUUUAUGGGUAACAAUACCAACGACAUUCAGAUCGACCUCAACUUUCCAUCGGUGGCGAAGAAAAUGUGA